AUGUGGUGGCAUGGCCCUGCGUGGCUGCGUGGUCCGCAGUCGGAGUGGCCUUGUCCACGAGGCUCAAUCCUUGAGACCGACUUGGAGAAACGAGCCGUCAAGGUUCACCACGCCACUGACACCGCCUCGGACAUUCUCAGCCGAUUUUCCGAAUUCGGACGCGCUCUGCGCGUGAUCGCCUACGUUCGGCGGUUCGGCCAGCGCGUCAGAGGGCAAGCAACGCCAGUCCACGUAUCCACAGAGCUAGACAAUAAAGAGGUCGCUGCAGCUCUCCAAGCUGUCACCAUCACGACCCAACGCUUCCAUUAUACGGCGGAGCAUCGCUGUCUUGUAAACAAGCAGCCACUUCCGACUACGAGCUCUCUUCAGAACCUCAAUCCGUUCCUGGACCAGAACGGGGUCAUGCGGGCAUGUGGCCGGGUCCGAGCCUCGGCAUCCAUGACCUACAACGAGCGGCAUCCAAUCCUGUUGCCACCCGCAUGCCUCCUGGUUCGCCUACUGGUUCGAUUCACCCAUCACGUAUCCCUACAUGGUGGGAACCAGCUGGUCAUCCGCCUUCUCCGGGCAACAUACUGGAUCCCUCGACUACGUCACGUCGUGAGGGCAGUAAUCCACUCCUGUAAGGUCUGCGUCAUCCAUCGCAAGCGACUCCAAACCCAAUUAAUGGGCGACCUUCCUUCCUCACGAGUUACAUUUUUGCGGCCGUUCACAUACACCGGAGUCGACUUCGCCGGGCCGUUCGACGUGAAAAGUUUCACAGGACGCGCCUGUCGCAUCUCCAAGGGGUAUGUGUGCGUUUUCGUUUGUUUUACCACGAAGGCCAUCCAUUUGGAGGCUACGUCCGACUUGUCCACCGACACUUUCCUAGCCGCCUUCGCCCGGUUCGUCGCGAGACGAGGCUGUCCCCACGAAGUCCACUCCGACAACGGGAGGAAUUUUGUCGGCGCAUCCCGCUCUCUGGCUGUGGACCUUCUCGAGGCCCUCCGCACUCGGACCUCCGCGGUGUACAGCCAGCAGGGGCUCACGUGGCGAUUCAUCCCUCCAGGGGCCCCACAUAUGGGGGGCUUAUGGGAAGCGGGUGUGAAGAGCUUCAAGGCUCUUUUCCAACGGUCGAUGUGUACUUCCAAAUACACAUUAGAGGAGUUCGCGACCUUUCUCUCCAAGAUUGAGGCAUGCCUUAACUCGCGACCAAUCGCUCCAAUGUCUGAGGACCCAACGGACCCGUUGGCUUUGGUCAGGUCAGGUCAUUUUCUGAUUGGUGGGCCGCUACUAUCCGUGGCAGAGCCCGAAAUUCAGGCGAACGCCUCCUCCAUCCUAAACCGCUGGCAACACCUCAAGGCUCUCAACCAGCAAUUUUGUUCGCGCUGGAAGACAGAGUACCUGCGAGAGUUGCACAAGCGCAACAAAUGGCAGCAUCCGACAAGGGACCUCGAGGUUGGAGACCUCGUAGUGAUCAAGGAGGAAAACAUCCCCUCUCACGAAUGGCGUCUCGGCCGUGUUCAGAGCACGUAUCCGGGACCCGAUGAAAAGGUUCGCGUGGUAGACUUACUCACCGCCCGCGGCCUUAUCAAGCGACCGAUCACGAAGGUGGUUCUGCUGCCUAUGGAUUCGGAAGUCCCUUCCACCUACCCUCGCGUAGGCUCCGAUCCCUAA